AUGUAUGUUCUGGUGCAUCCCGAUGACGUUCCACUGCAGCGUGUGAUUUGGCGUUUUUCCAAUGAUGUUCCUGCUCAAACGUACGAACUGCUUACUGUCACAUAUGGCUUAGCUCCGUCAGCAUACCUCGCUACACGUACGUUGAAUCAAUUAGCCGAAGAUAAAGGCCACAAUUACCCAUUGGGAGCCCGUGCCUUGAAGGAAAACUUCUACGUUGACGAUUUCAUCGGUGGGGCCCAAACGACUGAUGAAGCACUGCGUCUGCGAGAAGAAUUGAGUCAACUCUUAAGGAAAGGUGGUUUCAGUCUACGAAAAUGGUCUACAAAUCAGCUAGAAGUAUUGCAUGGACUGAACGAUGAUGAAAUCGGGACACAAUCGAUGCUAAAUUUCAGCCCAAACGAAACGGUAAAAACGCUGGAAAUUAUGUGGGAUCCAGAAGCAGCACAUCUCGCUUCGAUUCGCAACUAG